AUGAGAGGAAAAAUGCUAACUCUUCUAAUAACUGAUCAAUAUCCUGCUAUGAAGGUAGCUAUAGAAAAUAUUUUUACUACCUCUACUCAUAGAUUUUGCAUGUGGCACAUAAUGAAAAAAGUUUAUGAGAAAAUAGGUGGUUCUAUGAAUGCUAAUGAAGAGUUCAACACGAGUCUCAAGUCAUGUGUUUGGGGGUCUGAGACACCAAAUGAGUUUGAAGCUACAUGGAAGUCUAUAAUGACCAAAUUUGAGUUAGAAAAUAAUGAUUGGUUGUCACAUAUGUUUGAUAUUCGAGACAUGUGGAUUCCAGCAUACUUUAAAGAUAUUUUCUUGGUUGGGAUAUUGAGAACUACAUCAAGGUCAGAAAGUGAGAAUUCUUUUUAUGGUAAUUUCUUGAAUCCAAAUGUUAGCUUGGUUGAAUUUUGGAUGGGGUUUGAUUCGGCAAUAGAAGCACAACAACAUAAGGAGUUACUUACCGAUAAUAACUCAAAUCAUUCUACACCAAAGUUAAUUAUGGAUCGUGGCAUAGAGAAACAUGCGAGAGAUGUGUAUACUUGUGAGAACUUUUAUAUAUUUCAGAAUGAAUUAUGGCUUGCAUGUGUAGACUGUGGAAUUGAAAAUAAGAAAGAGCAAGAUGGAAUAGAAAUAUUUCAUAUAUAUGAUAAUGGCAAGGUCAAUAGUAAACUUAAAGAAAUGGUGUAUAAUUUGUCUGACCAUAAUGCCAACGGCUCAUGCAAGAUGUUUCAGACUGAAGGAAUACCUUGCAAACACAUAUUUUGUAUUUUAAAGGGUAAAUUUCUAAAUAAAAUACCAAGCAAGUACCUUGUGAAUAGGUGGACUAAGUUUGCAAAUAGAAAACCUAUUUUGGAUAUAGCUGAAAAUGUCUUGGAUAAGUUCUCUAAUUCAGAAAAGGAUAACAAUCUCAUUUCAGAUGUGUGGGAUCACUUACUUAAGUGUUUGGAAAAGGUAGGACAAGAUAAGGAAAAAUUGCUUCUUGUGUUAAAUGGGGUUGUUAACAUGGAAAAGCAAUUGGAUGAGUUUGAAGAGAGUUAUAACCAAACUAAGAUAGGUGAUUUGCAAACCUUUAUCGGAUCCAAUAUACCUGAAGAAGUAAAAAUCCUCCCUCCACAAUUUGUAAAGACUAAAGGUAGUGGUAAAAGAAUAAAAGGUGGAAAAGAAAAGCCUCUUGAACAAAAAAAAAAAGAACAAGGCUUUGUAAGGCAUGUGGUGAAUAUGCUUAUCAUGAUAGUCGCAGUUGCCCAGAAAAACCAUCUUCAUCGUUACAAGAAGAAUAUUAUAGAAAGGAACAAGAAUAAAGUUAUCACUGAAUACCGUAGAAAGAAUAUCACAUAG